AUGGCUACAUCUGCAGUAGUUAUAAUACUAGUUGUAGCAUGCUUUAACCUCAGUUUCGCCAUGCGCUACACUCCACUUCUAGGCCAAUGUAGCCCAAGCGGUUUUCUACAUGGCAAAGCUAGCCACUGCAACACGGAACAUGACUCAGAAUGUUGUAAGGCAGGAAAAAAGUACCCACAGUACCAUUGUUCACCACAAAUCUCUUAUGAAACACAUGCCACUUUGACGAUCAACAGCUUCGCCAAAGGCGGAGAUGGCGGCGGCCCAUCGGAGUGCGAUGGAAAGUAUCACGGUGAUGAUGAGAAAGUGGUGGCACUUUCCACUGGGUGGUAUGAUCAUGGAAGCCGAUGCUUGAAGACAAUUAAGAUUAAUGCGAAUGGGAAGUCAGUGUUGGCUAAAGUUGUAGAUGAAUGCGACUCUGUAAAUGGUUGUGACGCUGAUCAUGACUUUCAACCUCCGUGCCAUAAUAAUAUUGUUGAUGCAUCUCCGGCUGUUUGGGAUGCUUUGGGAAUGUCUGGAGAUGAUGUUGGUGACUAUCAAAUUACCUGGUCAUUUGUUUAA